GUUUGAUAAAAAUUUGAUAUAUAAAGUAAAAGAUUAAGAGUAAUUUGAGUUGACCAUGUGAAUAGUAACUAUGAAGAUAAUUUUGGGACGGAGGGAGUACUUUAUACUACUCAUAUCUAUAUACUACUCCCUCCGUCCCCCUAAGUUUGGGACGGAGGGGUGUGGUGUGGUUUUUAAGAAAAAGUGGAAUUGUGUGGUUGGUAUUGAAUUGAUAAAGUGUAAAUAAAGUAAGAAUGAAUUCUAACCACUCAAAUGUUACCAAAUAUGGUAUGGGACAAACUUAGUGGGACGGACGAAAAAGGUAAAACGGGACAAACUUAGGGGGACGGAGGGAGUAUUGUUUUAAAAUAGGGGAAUAGUUUGCAUAGUAUUCCACCCCUAUCAUUGAAGUACUCCACAAAGAAACAACCCAACUUUAUCUUUUGCUUUUAUGUUUGCCUUCUUUUUUAGUGUCUGACUCAUUCUUUAUCAAGGACUUUUACUUUUUCACUUUUUUAGUUUUUUAUGCUCAGACAAUGCAACCUUCUUCACCAAGAUUUUUGUGUUUUUGAUGAUAAUGCCUUUAAAAUUGUAAAUACUGUGGUAAAAAAUGUACUAUUGAUGCAUUUUAAAAAUGUGACCCUCAACUGUUAAUAAUGCCUUUAUAAGCUUCUGUACUAAGUAAGAGGGAUUAAUGUGACAUAUAUAUAAAUGUUCCUUCCUUAUCGCUUUCUUCAUAUAUGACAGGCUAUAAAUCCUAUAUUAAAACUUAAUUGACUAAAUACAGGAAUAUUUCUCUCAUCUCAAUAAAACAAAUAGUAAUACACUAAAGAAUGUUUUUUCAAUACCUUUAUAGCAUACAAUAUCUAAGUCUUCUUAGUCUUGAAGUUUAAAAGCUUUUGGUUUCAUUAUUUCAUUGGGAUUACCGCUCCAGCUUUCCAACAACUUAAUUAAUUACGUAUCAAGAUUUCAUUUCAAAGUUAUAUUUGAAGAGGUAUAGUGGUGACUACUUUUAAGGGCUUUAGUGUUAUUCCUUUAAGUUUACACUUGUAUAUAGAGAAUUGAAAUUCACUCCUUAGAAUAUGGUAAAGGUGUGAACUAUUUCCCCUUUUGUUUUCUUUGCCUAAUUCAAGUAUUUCCAGACACAAUAUUGUGCGUUAAUGCAUCCUUCUUCUUUCUAUCCAUACAGGGAGGUUCCUCUUAGAAGAAGAAUCAACAUUAAGAAAAACUCAAUGGGAAUCAAAAUCUCAGUAUCACGCAUUGCUCUUAUUUUCAUCUCUCUAGCAGUUCUUCCUCGGAUUUCUGCACUUCUGGAAUCUGAUGGAAAUGCUCUACUAGAGUUUGCUUCUGCUGUUCCACAUGUCAGGAAGCUCAACUGGAAUUCUUCCACCCUGAUCUGCAGUUAUUGGGCUGGCAUAAAAUGUAACAGACAUGGAACAAGAGUUAUAGGUAUCCAUCUUCCAGGUGUUGGGUUUUUCGGUCAAAUUCCAGAAAAGACCAUAGGAAAGAUGGAUGCUCUUAGGGUUCUUAGCUUGAGAGGAAACCAUUUAAGUGGACCUCUUCCUUCUGAUAUCCUCUCCAUCCCUACCCUUCAAACUGUUUACCUUCAAGAUAACAACUUUACUGGACAAAUACCCAUCUCUCUCUCUCCCAGACUUGUUAUAAUAGAUCUUUCUAGCAAUUCUUUUUCUGGGGACAUUCCCGCCAGUAUCAAGAAUUUGACACAUUUAUCUGUUCUUAAGCUUCAGAACAAUUUCAUAUCUGGAUCCCUCCCAAAUCUUGAAUCUUCAAAGCUUAACUUCUUGAAUGUGAGUCAUAACAUGUUAAACGGGUCGAUACCGGAUUCCUUCCAGAACUUUCCAGCUGCUUCAUUUCUGGGUAAUUCUCAUCUUUGCGGGAAACCACUCCCACAGUGCUCUACAGGAAUAGUGAAAGAAAAAGAUUCAAUUUUGAAGAAGAAGAAACUCAGUGUAGGGACUGUGAUCGCCAUUGUUAUAGGCGUGUGUUCAUUUCUGACUUUCUUGGGAUUGAUGAUCUCAUUCUUCUGUUUGAAGAAGAAAGUCUCUGAUGGGAGUGAUGGUAAAGAGAAGGUUGCUUAUGGUGGGAAGAGUGAGAAGCCAGAGGAUUUCGGAAGUGGGGUCCAGGAUGCAGAUAAGAACAAACUUGUGUUCUUUGAAGGAUGUUCUUACAGCUUUGACCUUGAAGAUCUGUUAAGGGCUUCUGCUGAAAUUCUUGGGAAGGGUAGUUAUGGAACAGCGUACAAGGCUUGUUUGGAUGAGUCAACAAUGGUGGUGGUUAAAAGGUUGAAGGAAGUUGGAGCUGGGAAGAGAGAGUUUGAACAACACAUGGAGUUUCUGGGAAGGAUUUCACGCCACCCAAACUUGGCCUCUCCCCAGGCUUAUUACUAUUCAAAGGAUGAGAAGCUUGUUGUUCAUGAGUACAUGCCAGUUGGCAGCUUGUUUGAAGCUCUUCACGGGAACACCAGCAUGGACAGAACUCCACUUGACUGGAAAUCUAGACUGAACAUAGCAUUAGGAACAGCAAAAGGAAUCGCACACAUCCACUCCCAAGGCGGCGUCAGAUUCACCCACGGCAACAUCAAAUCCUCCAACAUCCUCCUCACCACCACCCUCGAAGCCGCCGUCUCUGACUUCGGGUUGAGCCCUCUCAUGAACUACAUUGCCGUCAAACACCGGGGGCCCGGUUACCGGUCGCCUGAAAUGAUCGAGACCCGAAAAAUCACCCAGAAAUCAGACGUGUACAGCUUCGGCGUCCUCCUUCUCGAGAUGCUGACGGGGAAAUCGCCAGUGCCGACUGGGCGCGACGACGUGGUAGAUUUGCCACGAUGGGUCCGGUCCGUCGUCCGGGAGGAGUGGACGGCGGAGGUUUUCGACGUGGCGUUGAUGAAGUACGAGAAUGUAGAGGAGGAGAUGGUGCAGAUGCUUCAGGUUGCUCUGACAUGUGUGGGGAAGGGGCAGGAUGCGAGGCCCACCAUGGAUGAAGUCGUUAGGAUGAUUGAGGAUGUUUGUCAGCCGCCGGAGGAGGGAAGUCAACCGUCCUCCGGCGACCGGUCUAGAUGCUCCAUUGCACCAACUCCGGAGUGAUACAAAUUUCAAAGGUUGUUUGGUCACGAAAAAAUGGAGGCGAGGACGAUGGACUUUUGUGUUAUUAAUUAAUUAAUUUAUUUCUCCACCACCCUCUGAAAUGUUCUGACCCAAACAAGGUCUUCAGAUUUGGCUCCAUAAACAGAUAAAACGAAAAAUGAGUUCUUGUUUUUGGUUUUGACCAAACAGAGCUUCAGUUUCAGUGCUCUUUGAUUAAGAAUUGGUUUAUCUGUUCCUGGAGCCAAAUGUUAAUGUUGUUUAACCUUUUGGCCUAUAUUGAUGGCUUACUAUACUCAAUUCUUUUCAUCAAGCAGAUCCACUGUAAACUUAGGUUGAUGAUUACUAAAUAUAGUCUACUUUUUAGCACAAACAGGAUUUUUGUUCAAUCAUCUUAUGAUAACAAAAGGGGUCAUGAUACUUCAGAUUUUGCCAACCCAUCAUUGUAAAAGGC